AUGGUUAUUGCAACUCUAUCAACAGGACCGCUAAGUCCAGGUGAUGGAAUUAAUUAUACAAAUGUUGAACGUAUCAUGCGAUGUUGCCGUCAAGAUGGUUUAAUUUUGAAACCGGAUCAAUCAUUGACAAUGAUAAAUACAUUAAUAUCUGACUGGGCUUUUCAUGGCGGUCUGUCACAAGGAGAACUUUAUUCAACACAAACAAUGAUAAGUAACCAAACAUUUUUUAUUAUCUUUGCAUCAUCAAUGAAACGAGUUUAUUCAGUUUCUCCGUCAAUGAUUGGAGCUCAAUCAGGACUCAUUUGGUUCUACGACAAUGCGACCUUAAUAUCAACUUUUAAUGAAAGUUACCCUCUCGAUGUGUCGGCUACUAAAUGUAACCAUUUAUCAAUAUGUCUUUGGUAUGUAUCACCUCUACUUUCGUUAAAUGAUUCACUUGGGACACAAUAUGCCCUUCUUGGGGGAAUGGAAUAA